GUCAAUUGAUACACACAGGUACGUAAAUUUGGCUCUACCACUGGUGGCACAGCGUAGCGUCUGCGUGAGGUGCAAUUGCAGCAUUCGGUUGGAUGGUUGAGAGAGCUGAAGCUUGCUUGUUGCGUCAACAUGCGCCGGGCAGAUAAGCGGGGUCAAAGACCCCACCAUGUGCUCAUGGCAUGCAGAGUUUCUCUUUCUUAACGCGACUACCCUUACUACUCUACUCAACAACUCUCACGACUCUUUCAUAAACGCCUCAGUUCCCAAUUGACUGAUCCCAUAUUCACCAGAACACUCUAUACAUCACAUACACAAUGGUUUCCGCUCAAGAAGUUCUUUCCCGCAAGUCCGGUGUCAUCACUGGCGAUGAUGUCCUCAAGCUCUUCCAGCACGCUAAGGACAACGGCUACGCCAUUCCCGCCAUCAACGUGACCUCUUCCUCCACAGUCGUUGCUUCUCUCGAGGCUGCCCGCGACGCUAAGUCGCCCAUCAUCCUCCAGACUUCGCAGGGUGGUGCCGCAUACUUCGCCGGUAAGGGCGUUGACAACAAGGACCAGGCCGCCUCCAUCGCUGGAGCCGUCGCUGCCGCACACUACAUCCGCGCCGUUGCACCCAUCUACGGCAUUCCCGUUGUCCUCCACACCGACCACUGCGCCAAGAAGCUUCUGCCAUGGUUGGACGGCAUGCUCGAUGCCGACGAGGCUUACUUCAAGGAGCACAACGAGCCUCUCUUCUCCUCUCACAUGAUCGAUCUUUCCGAGGAGGAGGUUGAGUGGAACAUCCAGACCACCAAGAAGUACCUCCAGCGUGCUGCUCCCAUGAAGCAGUGGCUCGAGAUGGAGAUCGGUAUCACCGGUGGCGAGGAGGACGGUGUCAACAACGAGGAUGUUGACAACAACUCCCUCUACACUCAGCCCGAGGACAUCCUGCACAUCUACAAGGAGCUGUCCGAGGUCUCCCCAUACUUCUCCAUUGCCGCUGGUUUCGGUAACGUCCACGGUGUCUACAAGCCCGGCAACGUCAAGCUCCAGCCCGGUCUGCUCAAGAAGCACCAGGAGCAUGUUAAGAAGGAGACUGGCGCUAAGGAGGACAAGCCCGUCUUCCUUGUCUUCCACGGCGGCUCCGGCUCCAGCGUUGAUGACUUCAGGGAGGCUAUCUCUUACGGUGUCGUCAAGGUCAACCUCGACACCGACAUGCAGUACGCCUACCUCACUGGUAUCCGUGACUACGUCCAGAACAAGUCCGGCUACCUCCAGAGCCAGGUCGGUAACCCCGACGGUGAGGACAAGCCCAACAAGAAGUACUACGACCCCCGUGUCUGGGUUCGUGAGGGCGAGAAGACCAUGUCCAAGCGUAUCGCUGUUGCGCUUGACGACUUCUACGCCUCCGGCAAGGUCUAAAUUAGCACUCGAUGCAAGACCAACUUUUGUCGAGGCGUUUUGUUAGAAUGGACUGCAUGAGAGAG